UCAUAGAAGAUUUCACAAACAAUGAUGCCUAUAAUUAUGAUAAUUAUGAUAAUUAUGAUAAUGAUAUAGUGAUGGGUGUCAACUCAGUUACUAGCUUAACUACUUAUUAUAAAAACAUUAAUGGCACAACUAGUAAAACUGUUAAUGAAGUUAUUAGUGAAAUCACCAAUGAAAUCAUUAGUAAAAUUACUAGCAAAAUCACUAGCAAAAUCAUUAACGAAAUCACUAGUGAACCUACUAGUAAUACUACCAGUGAAAUUAUCAGCAAAGCCACUAGCAAAACAAUCAGCAAAACCAUACCAAGUUUUAUAUCCCCCAUUUGGGACCAUUUUUCUUUAUUAACAAAAAAACGAAAGGCUAAAUGUGAUUAUUGUAAAGGUUUACUUAGUCAUAAAAAAGGAACUAGGACAUCUCACCUUUGA